AAAUGGUCGUUAGGAAUUAGUUUGGAAGUUUGGAAUUAGCACAUUUUUCCACCAUUGUAUUUUUAGAAGAAAAAUUUUAAAAUUACUUUUGUUUCUCAGAAUCCCAAAUAUGUAGUUGCUUGUGUAGCACCGUUUUGAAAUGGCUUCAUUUGAUGAACGGGAGGCUGAAGCAAUUGCUUCGAAUUGGGUUCAAAAUUUACGAUUCCGUUUUGCAAGAAUGGGACUAAAUUACCACAACGAAGGCAAUGUAAGUCAAGAAUUGAGCGAAGUAUCCACUUGCCAAGUUCUGAAGGAUAGCGUCAAGGUAAUCGGACAGAAGCAAGAAUGCGGUUUUGACGAUAACGGAAUGUGUCGUAAAAGCUACGUUAGUAUUGCGUCCAAUACCAGAAAAUCAGUCGAGAAAUUAAGUGAUUAUGACAUUGCUUCUGCACGAAGUAGCUUAAGUAAGGUGAAUUUGAAAAGCCUGCGAGAAAAAAGGAUUAAUUUUUUUGAGCAAAAUAACAAGUCUCGUGUGACUAACGUCAAUGGUUGUGCUACCGAGUCUGAAAUACCAACUUUAGAUCAUGGAUUCGACGUUAAAGCUGAAAUACGUGACACUCAUCACCGAAAUAAUGGUGCUCUGGAAGAAAGUACUUCAAAUGACCACCGCACUCUGUUUGAAUUGGGGAGUAAUGGGGAAUCAACUCUGGAAGAUGGCGAUAAGGACAACCACUUGUAUUUUACUCGUCAAAAUGCAUUUGGAUCAAACAAAUUUGAUUCAGAUGUGGAAAAUGUAUCUUGUCCAAAGCAAGAAGAAGAUCUGGAAGUAAAUGAAGCUGGUGUCUUUUCAAUAGAUAUUGCAGAAUACUCAGGUGCGAAUAAUGCACAUCUAACUCAAACUUCAAAGCAUGAAACUGAGAUUGGUGAUUUUUUUGAUGAAGACAGUGACUCUGAUUAUACAGUAGAUGAUCCGGUCGCAAGGCACGCAAGCCCAAGAAUGGAGAGUCAUCUAAAUUGGAGUGAAUUUCUUUCCAUGUCGAAUGCUACAAUGUCUCCUCUAGGACAGUCCAUUUCUCCUCCGGUCCCUCAGAUUACUGGAGCAUUGUAUCAUGAAUUUGUUUCAAGUGAGGAAGAGAUGUUUCGUUCUUCGAAAAAAUCUCAAACAAAAGAUGGUAAUAGGGAGAAGCAGCUGCAUCAAAGACCAAGAUCUUUCUCUCAACCCAGCACCCCCAGAGAUUGCUCGGAAAUGUGUGUGAUGUCGUCUGUAUGUUAUUGUGCCUGUCUUGAUGAUAGUUGUGUGUGUGGGUUGAGCCAUUUGAAGGACAUUGAAUUAAGUGAAUGUGAUUUUCAAAAUUGCGGUGUGAAUGGUUCAUCAAAAAUGGAUAUUUUUAGCUUCAAGUGUGAUGAUGUAUUCAAUAUGAAAUGUUCGAAUGAGUCUGUUAUUGCAUCUGGCAGUUUGUCGCCCAACAAUAUUCCCCAAGGCAAUACAGGAAAUUUUCAAGAGGUAAUGUUUUGUCCUAACUGUAAUGAAAGGAACAAUGCUGCCAAGAAUUUUUGCGCUCACUGUGGGUCAUCAUUUUUUGAUAUGAGACCCUUUAGCAGUAAAAUGUUUAGUUUAAAUGAUGGAAAACGAGACUUGGAGCUGCACGCAAAGCUUAGAAAUAAUAAUAGGCAUGAAACUUCAAAUCCUAACCCGGAAUCUAAUUUUAUUCAAAACAAAUCAUUUGUGGUGCAAAAAGGCAACAUUAAAAGUGACAUAAGGAAAACCAAUGUCCACCAGAAACAAAAUGGUCGCCGAUGGGAAAAGUCCAAUUUAGCUUGGACUACCUACAAGAAUAGUCAUUUGUCCAAGCCAUCUAGCAUCAAUCAAGAAACAAGAGUCUCUGCGAAAGGCAAAAAGUAUUCAAAACAGGCAAACGAGGCAUCCAGACCUGUUUCUUGCAAGAAGUUUGAUCGGCAGCUUGACUCUGUUGCUCUAACAGGAAUUAAUCCAGGGAGUUUACCAAAGUCGUACAAGUUUCAAGAGUUUAAAAAGAAGAAAGCUAACGUGUUAGAUGAAGUUGUUGAUGGACUGACUUUAAAAGGCAUCAAAGCUGCGAAGAAAUCAAUGAAUGACAACAAGUUUAGAGAAAAAGUCGCCAAAUCCAAGCUUGAUUGUCACGUGAUCCAGUCAACUUCUAACGAAUCAACGUCGUACUUGUGUCUCCCCGAUGAAAUCAUCUUGAGAAUACUGUGCCAUCUCUCGCAUUCCGAUUUGGUUAAGUGUUCGCUUGUCUGCCGUCAGCUGCAACGUAUUUCACAGGAUGAAAUUUUGUUAUUUACAAAUCAAGGGAGGACCAUCGUAUUGACGAGAAAUCACAGCAUCAACGAUGAGACAAUGGAGAAGAUUGGAGCGAAGAAACCUAUCAGCUUAAGCUUCAUUAAAUGUCGUGGCAACGACGUGACAGCCAAUGGCUUGCGUGAGCUCUUUCGACGCUGUGCAGCAAGUCUGCAGGAAUUGAAUUUCAUCGGUUGUAAUGGCGGCCAACUGAUUGGCGAGAGUAUCCUACUUCACGUUGCUUUACGUUGUAACAGACUGCGGUCAGUGGACGCGAGCUGGAGUAACGUCGGUGACAAUGGUGUCGAAGCUCUGGUCCUGAACGUUGAACGGCUGGAAUCUUUGUCCCUGAAUGGCUGUCAGGCAAUCACGGAUCGUUCUUUAAAAGUCGUUGCCGACAAGCAUGGCAAAAGUUUAAGAUGCUUCGAAAUAUUUGGUUGCUUUAAUGUUUCUGCUUCGGCAAUCAAACGUCUCGGUCAAAAAUGUUUAAAUUUACAGACGCUGAACCUUGGUCAGUGCCAUAAGAUAACAAGUGCCGAUAUUGGACGUUUGGUUUCGCAUUUGGGGUCGAUUGUCAAUCUCGAUUUGCGAGGCUGUAAAAAGGCUCGUGAUGCCUGUGUGAAGACUAUCGUCGAACAUUGUCCUUACCUCGUCAACCUGGUUCUGGCCAACUGUCCUUUGAUUACAGACGAAUCGAUGUCUGUCAUCGCCACGAAUCUUACCACUGUCAGGUAUCUUGACGUUUGCGGCUGUGUGAAGGUCACCGACAACGGCGUGAAAGCUCUUGCUCAUUCUUGUAAUCGCCUGAACUCGUUGGAUUUGAGUUCCACCAGUAUCACAAAGAAAAGUGUGAUGCUGCUGGCGAAUUAUUGCAGCCAAAAUUUACAGUCGUUGAAGUUGAGUUUUUGUGUUGACGUAACGGACGAGAGCGUGUCGCGGCUCGUGAAACACUGCAAAAGAAUGAAGAUACUUCAUCUUUACGGCUGUAAAAGAUUGCGUAAUUUAAAAGCUUUACAGAAACUUAACAAAUCACUGAAAUUGGAGUUUUAGAGUUCGUCGAAGUCACGUGUUGAAAUGUUGUGCAAAAAUGGAUGAAAUGUGUGUAUAAUACUUUUGAAUAAGCCUUUUUUCUGCCAGAACUUCUUGAUAAAUAAGUAGCGUAUGUCUGUAGGAAGAUAUAAUGAUUAUUUCUCUGAAGGUCUCAAAGACUCUAAAUGUGUGAAAAUUGAUGUCAACAAUUCUCAUCGCGUAUAAAUGGAAUUGACACUAAAAGAAAUUGUUAAAUACGUAUGAUUGUAGUUAAAAUAUAUUUUAUUUUGCUGGGGCAAGGGUCAA